AUGGAGUCGCUGCUGCAGCACCUGGACCGCUUCUCGGAGGUGCUGUGGGUCUCCCGCACGAGUCACGUCGGCACCUGGGACGCCGAGACGGUACGCAGAGCUCUGCGGUGGGCUCGCUACCUGCGCCACGUUCAUCGGCGCUUCGCUCGCCGCGUCGCCGUUCGCCAGGCCCUGGAGCAGCAUCUGCAAACCCGGUGCAGGCGACGAGAGGCAGAUCCCGGGCCCGCUCCAGUCCCGGGGUUGAAGAACUUCCAGACUUUGGGAAGCUGCGAAGUCCAUCUCGCUCUCAACCUGCUGGAGAACCGGGCCCUGGGGGAGGUCGCCUAUCGCGCUCUGCUGCAGCAGCUCUUUCCGGGCCCAGGCCUCCCUGAUGAGGACGAGGAGGCUCUGCAAGAAAGUUUGUCCCUCCUGGCCCAUCGCCGAACCGCCAUUCAUUUGCUGCUGCUCUGCGGCCCGAGAGCGAACCAGGAUCUUGCAAAGGACCCGCUGCUAAAGACACAGGCCCAAUUGCUGCUGCAGCGUCUGCAAGAGGAGGUGGGCCCGGCCGGCCAGGAGGGCGCCCUGGCUUUCCUCUGCAGCUUGUGGCAGCGCGUGCCCCGGGACAACUUCCUAAAGGUGCUGGCCACCGUGCUGCUACUAAAUAUUCCUAAUCCAGACACCCCCACGGAACAGUUGGAACCCGACACCCCUAACUUCCCCCUGGAGCAGGGGGCACAGCUCCUCCUCCGUUGGCUUCUGGGGCAGUCGGAGGUACUGACUGCCUUUUGCCACCAGCUCCCAGCUGAACUGUUGACUUCAGUGGCAGGAUGCCACCCUGCUUUUUUCCAGGCUUAUGUGGCUCAGCUGAUAGAGUGGGGCCGACUUCUGCGCUAUGACCUCCUGGAAGGCUCAUGGCUGGGCCCUGAAUCCAGCGAGGUCUCUUGGGGGCAAUUGCUGGGCAGGUUUCAAAGUCUCUGGCAUGGCCCAUCUGUACUCCAGGAGGGUGUUCGAGCUGCCCUAGAGUCUUGCAAGGCCCAGGAAGGAGACUUUGAAGUUUCAGGGAUCAGUGUCUGGACUGACCUGUUGGCAGCCCUUUAGAGAAGUGCAUCAUAAUUCGUUUAAGAAAAGUUUUAGGUCUCCACUCAGAAUCUCUCCCCUUCCCCCUUGAGCUACAUUUUAUAAUGAAUAGUGAUUA